AUGAACCAGCAACAGUCCGACCUCUUCUUCCCCACUUAUGGCAUGAGUUCUGCCAACCGGUCGCCGGGCUCUGCAAGGCCAGGCUACAACACGACUACUGGCCUGCCUGGUGUCAGCCGUCUGCACCAACGCCAAAUGGAUCCCGUUGCCCAAGCUCCCACGGCCUUGUUUGCCGGUGACGACCGUUUCGCUUCCUACGAUAGCAGCGCCUUCAGACAGACCAGGAUGCAGCCCGCGCCUGGUUUUGCCGAUGGGUACAUGGGCAAUUCCCAAACCUGGGCUUACAACUCUGGCGCAAGUACUGUGUCUGGCCCGUUGGGCGAUGGAAGGCUUCGCCCCGGUGCUCGUAGGCCGCUUCCAGCUGAGUGGACGAUGCCCGAACAGCCCAGUCUGAGCCAGCCACUCACCACGCCAUCUCCCCAAUAUGCUCCUGUUUCCAACUACAACCCACCAAUGAAUAUGAUGAAUGGCGACGGUGCCUUCACGAACGACCGUCACGGCUAUCCGACAAACAUGUACGAAUCUCGGCAUGAACGGCACGAUCCUCCCAAAACACUGGGCAGCGACCUGAUCCCGACUGCGAUCGUGAUCAAGAACAUUCCCUUCAACGUGAGGAAGGAAAUGCUCACCAACAUCAUGUCGGAAUUGGGGCUCCCGCAGCCAUAUGCUUUCAACUAUCACUUCGACAACGGCGUCUUCCGUGGUCUUGCCUUCGCCAAUUUCCAGAGCGCGCUUGAUACUCAGACCGUAAUCGAGCAGCUUAAUGGCUAUGAGGUACAGGGCCGGAAGCUGAGGGUUGAAUACAAGAAGAUGCUGCCCGAGCAUGAGAGAGAGCGGAUCGAGCGCGAGAAGCGGGAAAAGCGCGGCCAGCUGGAGGAGCAGCACCAGCCUAUGUCUCUCCACUCGCAGUCGUCGAUGCACUCGCUCAACGCUUCUCAUGCAUCACGGUCGCGAAACUCUCCUUUGCGCGACGUCGACCUAAACAACCCGGAGACCCUGAGCUUUUACACGGAGCUGACACUGUUCCGGAGUGAUCCCAAGCGCGAGAUCCUGGUCUUUCCCAGCAGCAUGACGCCGCAGCAGCGACGAGUCGUGCACAUCCUGGCGCAUAACAUGGGGCUUGAGCAUCGUUCUGUCGGCGAGGGUCCUCAUCGACAGAUCCACGUCAUUAAGGACACUGCCGCUACACAGUCAUCUAUGCGCAUGCCCCCCGGGGUCUCAGCUGAUGCUCACCACAGAGGAUUGAGCCGUGCCGCCACCAUCGACUUCGCCGAAACCCGGGCAGCCAACACUCCGGGUCAGUAUGGAACGUUGAGCCGCCAGGGUCGCCAUGGUCCAACUCUAGAGUUACCCGAUAGCCCUGAUGGCGGCUUAAACGCAUUGCGCGGCGUAAAGUCGUUUGCCGAUCUGCGCUCUUACACGCCCAGCCCGUCGCUUUCUACUACUUCGGGGUACCCUCAAAGCACUAAUCUCCAUGGGCCAAAUGUGGCUCAGUUCGGCGAGUACAGCGCUAGUCUUAACCAAACCAGUUCCUUAACAUCUAGCUCCUUGACCUCGAGCUCGUUGACAACGCCGACCACUCCCGGCACUGCAUCUAACACUGACACAUCUAUGCUCAUUUCUGAACUCGGCUCCCUGUCACUGAAUGAACCUUUCAGCAGUCGGCUUCGCCCACGAGAGACUCCCGGCGCAAUUGGCAGCCAGCGCCCUGGCUUGAAUGGGUCCAAUACACGCAGUGUCCCGGAACGGCAGCCUCAUGGUCCCAACGGGGAUUGGUCCGACAGCAUAGGUUUCAGCAGCAGAACCCGUAGCAAUGGCCACUCGCAACGAGGAAGCGACUCUUCAGACAGUGGAGCGCGCGCGGCCUCUGCUUCGAGUGCUUCGCGUUUUCAGUGA